UCAGAAAACUUCAGUUUAAAUAUGAGUCGCAACGACAGCUCUGGGUAGGAUGUCGGGACCGCUUGCUGUGUAUUUUUAGGCCUGACCUGAACCCUCAGAUCAUCUGCUGCCCCUCGAAGAUCUCAUAAAUAAGGGGUGUCGUGCAGAUCAGAGUUUGGGCCAAACAGGGAUGGGCUCCGUGAGGACGGAUAACAGACUGACGACUUCGCAGAGCUUUCUGUGCGGCGGCUUUGCGGGAUUUUUCAGUAAAACUGUCACAUCGCCUCUGGAGGUGGUGAAAAUCAAGAGCCAAGUGGGAACUUUUCACUGCAGGAACGGUUUCUGGGAAAGUUUCCGGGUCAUCUGCCAGCAUGAGGGACUUCGAGGAUUCUGGAAAGGAAAUCUAGCUUCGUGUCUCCGUUUGUUUCCAUACACCGCCGUUCAUCUAGCAACGUACAAAAAGAUAGUCCACCUUCAUAUGGAUGAGUUUGGCUUCAUCUCCCAGCGGAGGGCCAUAUUUGCUGGUGGACUGGCUGGUGUUGCUGCAGGUCUGGUCACAUACCCUCUGGAGGUAGCAGAGACCAGGCUGGUCAUCCAGAACUACAAACAGCCCACGUACAUUGGUGUUUGUCACACUCUGUCAAAGAUCUACCGAAAUGAAGGCCUGCUUGCUCUCUACAGAGGCUUCUCUCUGACUGUCUUGGGCGCGUUUCCCUUCUCUGUAGGAUGCUUGGCCGUUUAUGUGAGUGUGGACAGGCUGUGGCAGGAGCCGCCUCCUCGCUUCACUCCUUUGCAGAAUUUCAUCAACGGCUGCAUUGCAGCAGGAGUGGCUCAAACCCUCUCCUACCCUUUUGAAACAGUGAAGAGGAAAAUGCAGGCGCAAAGUGCCCGUCUUCCUCACUUCGGAGGAGUGGACGUUCAUUUCACCGGAAUGAGGGACUGUUUCCUGCAAGUCGUCAGAAACAAGGGUGUUCUGUCACUGUGGAAUGGCCUCACUGCCAGCACCAUCAAGAUCGUUCCCUACUUUGGGCUCCUUUUCACCUGCUUUGAGAUGUGUAAGCAGGUCUGCCUUUACCGCAAUGGCUAUAUCAUUUCACCUCUGAGCUACCAGCUCACACCCGGGGUCGACCAGAGCCUGGGGCCGUAUGAACUCAAAGAGGUCAAGCGCUACUUGAAAAAUAGGAACUUUAGCUCAGAGCGACCGUCCCUGGGAAACCGCUGGUGAAGAGACAUCCGGUCUUAAAAGGAUGAAAAAGACACUGAACCGGUAAAAUACUAAACACAAGUGCAAAAAGCUAUGUUGUUGCCAGGAUGUCUACCUCUUUACGUACAAUAUCUGUUUUAUUUUGAUGGUUUUCAUGUGCCUUCAGUGUUCAGAGGAGUUGUGUUUGGGCUUUUGCUGCAUUAACUUUGAGUUGUGUCAUGUCCUAUUUACACAAAAUAGCUCUGUAAAGCUGAUUAUUUUGUAAGUAAUUUUCUAGGAAAUGAUAUAUGCUGCUGUUUGGGUUUAAACAAAUGGCAACAUAAAAUGAAUAACUUGAACAGCCUUUUUCUUUCUUUUGUUGUUGUUGUAAUAUCAUAUUUUAAAUGUCAAAAGCGGUGGUUUUGGUUAAAGGCCCACUCCAACUAUAUUUUCAUCUAUUGUAAAAGUGUUCCAAGUGGUCUUUUAAAUACAGUUUUUAGCCAAAAUCAAAAAGCCUGUGUCGUUUUUAAAAACAGUUGCUGCAGAGCCGCAGCAGCUCAUUAGAAAUUCAUGUCUGAGUUGUGGAGGGAACAGUUGGUGCAGAUGUAACCCUCUGCUGAUAUCCCAUCAUCCAUUUGUUUACACUCUCUCCCGCUAGCUUACAGCCCCUCACAUGGCCAACCUUAACAUUAGCAGCGCAAUAAAAAUGUUGAACAAUAUUGGCACUAUCCAGCCGUGCAGUUCUGACCCGCAUGUCAGCUCAGACGAGGAAAACGAAGAUGUCUGCAUCAGAAUGGGGCAGGAGACUUUGGUCCACCCAUUUUUCCUGCUGCAUCACAACUUGGAGCUUUUUCAAAUGCUGCAUAUUUAUCUGCUCCCAUACUAAGAAAAACAGUUUAAGUCUUAAAUUCUUUAAUAUACGUCGCCCAUCACGAGAGACAUGUUACAAGGAUAUUUUACAAAUACCAAAAGCGCGAUUUCCAUUGAAGUGGGUUCUUUAAAGUCAUCAAAGCGUCCCGUUUUUUGGUACAUGUCCAGUCCCAAAGUUUAAAAUUAGUGUAAAAUGUACACACUUAAAAUUUAUGAGAACAAAAAUCCUAUAUCUAACUUUUUAGAUUACGAACAAAAUUUUACCGGUUAACUCUUACGAACCCAGUCUUAUUUUUCUUUAAAAUGCAUUUCUGAUGUUUUCGGUUACACUAAUGUCACCAUGUGUACUUUUGGGUUAAAAUGCAAAUGAGAAUAAAAUCAUAGUACAAUUUA